AUGAUAUUUUUACUUAGGAAAUAUAUUCGUGUUAUAAUAAAAACUCAUUCUGGCCAAAAAAUCUUAAUACCGUGUGAGCCCGCUGCAAAUGCUAUAACUUACAGAAGAUUUUUUACAGAAAAUGCAAAAGAUCCAUUUGUAGAUGUGUUGAAACAAAAGGAUUGGCAAGAUGUCCUAGAUGUUCCUAAGCAAGACGACAAUAAACAGUGGAAAUUAUUUAUAACGAAAUUCAUCAAUAUUUUCAACAUGUGCUUCCCUAAAAAAUUCACAUACACAGACCAACUACAAGAAGUAAUUGAAGAACUUCUUGAAGUAGCUAAAACACCAACCCACAUUGAGCCAUCCACUUCUAUUGACCACUUCAUGUCAAAAAUACCAAGAAACGACGACGGUAAAAUUAUAAGAAAAAGAUGCCAUGAAUGCUACAGAAAAAACAACGCGAAAAUGGAACCCAGUAGAUACUUAUUGUACCAUAUGUAG